AUGGCCAAGAAGAAGAAGAAGAGCGCGCAGCCCGAGUCGGGCGACGGGGCUGCGACCGCGACGGCGACAGCGACAGGCCAUGGCAGGGCAGGCAGGGCAGGCAGGGCAGACGGGACAGGCAGGGCAGACAGGGCAGACAGGGCAGGCAGCGCGUCGACGUCGGCGUUGAUCAUCUGUCGCAACAAGCACUGGCGCUACAUUUCCUCCUUCCACGGCCCGUGGCUGCAGCUGCCGCCCGAGGUGCUCGAGUCGCUCGCGCACACAAACUUCCUGUCGCCGCGCCCACGGCCCAUGGACGCGGCGGUGCUGUACGACCUGGCCAAGAUCCGCAGGCACGUCGACGAGGCCACCAACCUGGCGGUGCGCGCCGCGACCGGGCUGACCGCGGCCGCGCUGAGCAGCAGCCUGCACGCCAACAGCCUGCUGGGUGGCCCCGCGGCCGCGCUGGGCAUGGCCGCGGGCGUGGGCGUGGGCAUGGGCAUGGCCGCGGGAGGAGGUGCGGGCGCGGGCUACGGCGCAGGCGGGGGGCAGCUGAGUCGCGAGCGGAGGCACCGCAUGCGCGAGCUGGCCACGGCGAAGCUGAGCGCGGCCUACCACCUCGACGAGAUUGCGGCGAGCGUGGCGACGAUGCAGGGCGCGAGCACGCUCGAGGACGUGGCCCAGCUGGUGCUGCAGCGCAACGCCCACCACCCGGACGCCCGCUACGUCCACUUUUUCCACGAGAAGAUCCCCAGCCGCAUGAUGGCCCAGUCCACGCCGCUGGACACGCUCGACGGCCUCAUCGCAGAGCGCCCGACCGACGCCAGCGCCCUGCGAACACGCGCCCUGACCCGCCUCUUCAAGGACGACUACGCCAACGCCGCGAGGGACCUGACCGACGCCCUGGCCCAUCAUCACCAGCAACAGCAACAGCAACACCGACUACAACCACAACCACACCAACAACAACAUCAACACCACCAACAACAACAUCAACACCACCAACACCAACACCAACAACACCACCAUCAACACCACCAACACCACCAACACAGCCGCGACUGGCGCGCCGAGGUCAACAUCCCCGACGACGACCAGCCCAGCUCGCUCGAGACGCAGCUGCUCUUCCACCGCGCCGGCGCCUACUUCACCCUCGCCUGCCGCCACGUCCACGCCGCACUGGACGGCCUGAGAGAGCAGGAAGAGGCCAGAGCCGCGUGCGACGGACCCGUGCCCGAGACCCCCGCCGAGGCAGACGCCCGCCUGUUCCGCGCAGAGAGCCGCAAGCAGGUGCGCCAGAACGCCAAGCGCGCGCUGCGAGACUACCUGGCCUUCCUCUCCCACUUCGACUACACGCCCGGCAUCUCCGCCGAGGCCGCCGACGAGUUCCUGCGGCGUUUCCAUUCCACCAGCCAGGCCAGCGGACGCGCCCAAGCCCUCCUCGACACCGCUCCUCCCGACACCGCUCCUCCCGACACCGCUCCUCCCGACACCGCUCCUCCCGACACCGCUCCUCCCGACACCGCUCCUCCCGACACCGCUCCUCCCGACACCGCUCCUCCCGACACCGCUCCUCCCGACACCGCUCCUCCCGACACCGCUCCUCCCGACACCGCCCCCGUCUCCGAGGCCCUCACGCCCUACCGCAGACCCCCCGCCCACCAUGCCUCCCACCGCUCCACCUGGCCCAAGCUGCCCCCGCCCCCAGUCUUCAAGAUGAGCCAGCUCUUCGACGCCGUGCCUCCGCCCUGCCUGCCCCCUUACCCGCCCACCUCUCCGCCAAACCCAGCCACCCCCGCCUUCGCCGCCCACGAGAGCCUGACCUACCACCCGCUCCUCGCCGACGCCCUGCACUCGCUGCUGCUGUGCCACGCGCUCCUGCAGACCCCGCCCAAAGAGCACCUGCGCCACGCGCACAACGCCGCGCGACUCGCCCGCAUCUGCGACGGCUACCCCAUCUUCCUCGCCGCCCGCAGCCCCGCCCGCAGCGACUGGGUCGAAGUGCUGCGCCGGGCCGGGAACUGGAUCGGCCUGGGGCGCUCGUGGGACAAGCUGUGCCGGCCCCCGCAGCCCGAUGCAAAUCCACACCCCACCCACCCUCCCAAUCCCAGCACCCCCAGCACCGCCGCCGCAGAAACGCGACCAGGAACCGCCGAGUCAAAAGCCCAGCGCCGCGAGCGCCAGAAGCACGAAGCCAUCCUCGACGCCCUGGCCGACGAGCGCGUCGUCGACGAAGCCUCCUUCCAGCGCGCCGUCCGCGCACGCGAACAGCGUUUCCGCGACGACGAAAUCGCUGACUCUCCACCUCCCAGCUCGACAACAUCAACAACAACAACGACAACGACAACGCCAUCGACACCAACACCAACCACCGCGCCCCCACCUUCCGAACCUACAUCACCUUCACCUUCAACAUCAACCUCGACCGCUACUCCCACUCCCACCCCCUUGCCCACCACCACCAACACCACCCCCGCACACCCUCCCCCUCCUCCCCCAACAUCCACCACCCCUUCCCCGCGCGACCACCCCAUCAGCACCCCCCGCGCAGAAGCCAUCCUCCGCUGGCUGCGCGACGCCCCUCCACUGACGGCCGAGAGCCAUUCGGGGACCAAGAAGAGGAGGAAGAAGGCCCGUGCGGUGGGCACGGCGGCGGCACCAGCGCCGACAGCGACCGUGGCAGUGACAGCACGAGGAGAAACGGGAGAGAGGGGAGAAACGGGAGAGAGGGGAGAAACGGGAGAGAGGGGAGAAAAAGGAGAGAGGGGAGAAAAAGGAGAGAGGGGAGAAAAAGGAGAGAGGGGAGAAAGAGGAGAAAAAGGAGAGAGAACAGAGAGGAAGAAAAAGGAUCAUGCUACGGGGUUGCAGGAGGGGGUCGCGGGGUUGUGUGUUGGUGAGUGA